AUGGAUAAAACAUUGCAAUGUUUGAAGGGCCUCUCUUUCUUCUUCUUGUAUAUAUCAAUUUUCUUGUUCCAAUUAUAUGUUUCACCUACACAUGGAGAUGAUGCAGGAUGUGUAUUGAACUUCACAUCACUACCCUAUCAACCAAACGGAGACUGCAUAAGCCCUGAACUGCAACUCAAAAUCAAAGCAUGGGGAAUUCUCCCAACAACCCUUUGUUGCCAAUCCCCUCUAACCCUAAUCUCAAAAUCCCUCGCUCGAUUAUCUUCCAAUUCAUCAAACCCCUCAAUUUUCCCCGAUUCCAAUCAAUGGUCACACUGUAACAACCCAUCAAUCUUCAAAACCCAACAGGAAUCCGUCAAUUUCGAUGACUGUAACUUCAAAAAUUUCUUCAAAGAGGCGAUGCAUUGUUCAGGGGUUUCCGUCUCCGAUCUCAAGAAGGAUCAGAGCUUCAAUGAUGCGGCUGCAACCUGCGGUCAAUUUGAGCAAUCAGCAGCUUCGUUUGAUGAGAUCUGUAGGAAUUGCAGUCGUGAAGUGUUGAAGGCGAGGGAUUCGUUGUCGAGGAAUUUGGGAGUGAGCGGGAAUCAAACGGAGAUCGAAAUUUGUGGAGUUGCUGUUGUCACUGCUCUUGCUUCCGAGAGAUGGAAUGAGAGCUCGUUAGCUGCUGUUGAUGAUUUCUAUGGGUGUUUGCGUAUAUUGGAUGUUCAUGAUCCAGGCUACAUCAAACUCAAACAUUCGAUUUUCCAGACAUUAUUAGGCAUAAUUCUCGCUAGCAUGGGUCUAACACUUGUUAUCAUGCUUGUAAAAUACGUAACACGAAAAAAACAAGAAAACAAAUCCUCACAAUUACACACGAAAGAAAUCCCAACAACAUGGUCGGGAUUAUAUCGAUUCUCAAAAGCUGAAAUAGACCACGCGAUAAAUUAUUCAGAGGAAAAAAAGUGUCUUGGUAGGGGAAGUGCAGGUGAAGUUUAUAAAGGGAUUUUGCCAAGUGGACAAGCGGUUGCUGUUAAACAAAUAAGUAAUGGAAAUAAUUCGGAUUCUUUUACACGAGAAGUUGAAGGACUUUCUAGGAUUCGACACCCGAAUCUUGUGUGUUUGUUUGGUUGUUGUAUUGAAGAUGGGGAACAGUAUUUGGUUUAUGAGUAUUGUCCUGAGGGAAAUCUUGCACAUCAUCUUUUGCGAAGGGAUAGUGUUCUACCAUGGGAAAAAAGAGUCAAGAUUCUAAGAGAUUGUGCACUUGCAAUACGAUUUCUCCACCAUUACAUAGAUGGAUGCAUUGUUCAUAGAGACAUUAAACUUACGAACAUUCUUCUUACGGAGAAUUUAGAACCGAAGCUUUCAGAUUUUGGAUUGGCAAAAGUUUUGGGGAUGGAAGAAAGCAAAGUUUUUACAGAUGUUAGGGGUACAAUUGGGUAUAUGGAUCCCGAAUAUAUGAGCAAUGCUAAAUUAACAUGUGCUAGUGAUAUUUAUAGUUUUGGUAUUGUGGCCCUUCAACUUCUUUCGGGUCAAAAAGUUAUUGAACUUGAUCUUGAAGCAAGAGACCAACUUACAAGAAAGGCAAAAGAUGUGAGCAUCGGAAGACGCCCAUUGACUGAUAUUGAAGAUCCUAGAUUAAAUGGGAAUCUAAACAUGGUCGAUUUUGAAGCCAUACUACAAAUCGCGGUUUUAUGUGUUGCUAAAUCAAGUAAAGGUAGGCCAACAAUAGAUAUUGUGUUUGGGGAAAUGGAUAAAGCAUGGCAAAACACAGCCGCCGAUAUUCGAGCAAAGAGGGAGAUGAAGACGUUCACAACAAUAAAAUCAUUGGAUGUGCAAGUGAUUCCACUUUGAGAUGAGGAGAAGUGAAGCUUAAGAGCCAAAAUCAAGAUUGUUUUCUAUAAGUAUAUUUACAAGACAAAGUACUCUAAGGUGGUGAUUAGGAAUAAGUUUUUCUUAUGUACAUAAUGAGGUUGCUAUGAUUCCAAAUGGUGUUUUAUAACAUGGAUUGAGAUAAACACAAUGUAUAUUUAGGUGAUAUUUUUGUUUUUAUGUAAACUAUGAGUGUUUCUUUUUUA